CAGCAAUUGACUUGGCUCAUCGAAUCCAGUGUAGCGUACAGAGUGAGCUUAGUAGGCAUCGCGACCACUUCGAAAGCGAAGCUGUUUUUAUAUUAGCUGCUAUAAUUUACUUGGCACCAUUAUGUGGGAAAAAAAUAGUUACAAAUUGAUUAAAUCUCGCUCCAAACCAGUAAUUUUCAUUCAGUCAUUAGUGUCAAACCGAUUUACUCGGAAGUACGGUAUUAUCUGCAUUUUGUUAUUGGUUAUUUUAGCCAUUCUCUCUUAUCGAAGAAUAACGUUUCAAAGGUACAUCUAUCAAACAUUACCUCUUUACCAGAGGUCAGUAUCAUUAACAUUUGGCAACAGUCAUGAGUUCGAAGGGACAAUAUCAAACGAUCGUUGGAUGAAUAUUGGCGAUCCAAAGAAGAGGUUUAAACUAUUUUCAGCAUACUUUGACCCUCGACUGGAAAUCGUAGAGUCAUAUGAUGUUCCAGAUGGAUUCCUUCCGUUCGGAAGUGUGCGUGUCUUCGCCAUACUUCCGCUUAAAAUACAAAAAUCGGCCGUAUUUUGCAACUUUAGAUCAGAUAACACAUACGAGGCACAACAUCAGGCCGACCAGGUGGAAGCCGUACAUGAGCAUUGGAAUAUGGAAUUCACAGCAAGUUACGUGAUAUGUAAACUUGCCGGUAAUAUAAACAAACGCAACAUACUCUUACCAGAUGAGGUAGCACUUAGCUACCACGCUGAGCCAACUAUGCGAGAAGCAACCGCUUUCGUUCGGAUAAAAUAUCCGAGAACAGAUAUGCUGUUCCAAUCAGCUCCACCAAACCGAUUGGCAGUAUGCGUUGGACCAAUGCACCAUCACUUUGGUUUUGCCCUCCGCAUGGUAGAAUUCUUUGAAUAUUAUAUUUUGAAUGGGGCUGAACGAUUUUAUGUUUACAACAAAACUGCAACUGAAGAAGCUAGCGCAGUUUUACGACACUAUCAAGCUGAAGGAUUAGUCGAAGUUUUGGAUUGGCAUUUUGAAGGGUACCAGUUUGAACAUGAGCUACGUUAUGAAGGUAUAUUUGUUGCCCUUAAUGAAUGUUUCUAUCGUGCCACUGUUACGGGGGGAUACCGAUACACUGCCAUUGUUGAUUUCGACGAGUUACUAUUUCCGGCAGGCGAUAACGAUUCUUUGCUCGAUUAUUUGCAAUCAAGAGAUCGUUACGAUGUGCACUCGUUCAACUUCGAAGGGGUUUUUUUCUACGAUAUUUACCCUACCGACCACGCACAAGUUCCACCAUGGGCAAACAAUACGUAUCUUUACACUCAAGUACGCAAUGUGCGAACUACAAACCCACUGCUACAUCAUAAUCGCAGCAAGUAUGUGAUGAAAGGCAGGAAUGUCCUUGAAGCUGGCAACCAUUUCGUGUGGAAAGCAAUCAGAGAUACGCACGAGUAUCCUGUUCCUGAAAGCGAAGGACUAUUGCUGCACUAUCGCGAUGGAAAUCUGGGAUACGAUUACGAAAAUCAUGUCAUUGAUAAUCGUGUUCGAAAUCGUUUCGGAGAUAAAUUAUGGCGUCAGGUAAAUCAACGAUGCGCUCUUAUUUUUUCCACUUCGGUCGCUGCUAAAGGCAUCUGUCCGCUAGGAAAAAACUACAACCAAACUAGACCGCUAAUCUAAUGUUAUGCAAUGAUUAGUUUUUUAAAGCUUUAUUAAAAAUACAAAUUAUUUUAAAAACAUAAAUUAGUAUCUGCUUACCAUGCUAUACUGGAGGAAGAAGAACUGCAUCAA